UCUCCAUCUGCGGAGCCUCCAACUUCAUGCCCUGAGCCUCCGGAGCGGAGCAUGGUAACUUGGCUCCGGCUGCCCAGCCCUGGCCGGCUCGAGGGAGCGAUGCUGCUGGAGCACCAUGGACUCGCCUCAGCCCAGCCUCCGCCUCUGCCUCUGCCUCUGCCUCCUCUCCUGCCUCCUCUGCCUCGCCUCCACCGCCCGCGGAUGCUGCCUGGCGGAUCUCAACCUGCAUCCCACCAACGAAGUUAAUCUGCUGGAUUCAAAAUCAAUUCAGGGAGAGCUGGGCUGGAUUUCCUACCCAUCACAUGGGUGGGAAGAAAUAAGUGGUGUUGAUGAGAACUACACACCAAUCAGAACCUACCAGGUUUGCAAUGUUAUGGACCACAGUCAGAACAACUGGCUGAGGACAAACUGGAUACCACGCAACUCAGCUCAAAAGAUCUAUGUGGAGCUCAAGUUUACCCUGAGGGACUGUAACAGCAUCCCACUAGUGCUGGGCACUUGCAAAGAAACUUUUAACCUGUAUUAUAUGGAGACUGAUGAUGAGCAUUCUGUCAAGUUUAGAGAACACCAGUUUACAAAGAUUGAUACCAUUGCAGCUGAUGAGAGCUUCACUCAAAUGGAUCUUGGGGAUCGAAUUCUCAAACUCAAUACAGAAGUUCGUGAGGUGGGACCAGUCAGCCGGAAAGGAUUUUACUUGGCUUUUCAAGAUGUGGGAGCGUGUGUUGCCUUAGUAUCAGUGCGAGUGUACUUCAAAAAGUGCCCUUUCACUGUAAAGAACCUUGCUAUGUUUCCAGACACAGUACCUAUGGAUUCCCAAUCAUUGGUGGAAGUGCGAGGUUCUUGUGUUAAUCAUUCCAAAGAGGAAGACCCACCUAAAAUGUACUGUAGUACAGAAGGUGAAUGGCUCGUUCCCAUAGGAAAGUGCUUGUGCAAUGCUGGCUAUGAAGAAAGGGGAUAUGACUGCCAAGCUUGCCGACCAGGUUUUUACAAAGCAUCUGCUGGAAAUGUCAAGUGUGCCAAAUGCCCGCCUCAUAGUUCGACAAAUGUGGAAGGUUCUACAAACUGCAAGUGUGAAAAGAAUUACUUCCGUUCUGAUAGAGAUCCUCCCUCUAUGGCUUGUACAAGACCACCUUCUGCUCCUAGAAAUGUUAUUUCUAAUAUCAAUGAAACAUCAGUCAUCCUAGACUGGAGCUGGCCUUUGGACACUGGGGGCAGGAAAGAUGUCACUUUCAACAUUAUAUGCAAGAAAUGUGGAGGAACCACCAAGCUGUGUGAACCCUGUGGUGCUAAUGUAAGGUUCCUUCCACGUCAGAUUGGACUCACCAAUACCACUGUGACUGUAGUGGACCUGCUAGCUCAUACAAAUUACACAUUUGAGAUAGACGCUGUUAAUGGAGUCUCUGAUUUGAGCAUCUUCCCAAGACAAUUUGCUGCAGUCAGCAUUACAACCAAUCAAGCUGCUCCAUCACCUAUUACAAUAAUUAGAAAAGACCGGACAUCUCGGAACAGCGUGUCUCUCUCUUGGCAAGAACCUGAGCAUCCUAACGGUAUCAUCUUGGACUAUGAAGUCAAGUACUAUGAAAAGGAACAAGAGACAAGUUACACAAUUCUGAGAGCAAAAAGCACUAACGUUACCAUAAGUGGUCUCAAACCAGACACAAUGUAUGUUUUCCAAAUCAGAGCCCGGACUGCUGCAGGAUAUGGGACCAAUAGCCGCAAGUUUGAGUUCGAAACCAGCCCAGACUCUUUCUCCAUCUCCAGUGAGAAUAGCCAAGUUGUCCUGAUUGCAGUUUCAGCUGCAGUGGCAAUUAUUCUGCUAACAAUUGUGGUUUACAUUCUGAUUGGGAGGUUCUGUGGGCAUAGUAAAUCAAAACAUGGAGCUGAUGAGAAGAGACUGUACUUUGGUAACGGGCAUUUAAAGCUCCCAGGCCUUAGAACAUAUGUGGAUCCACAUACAUAUGAAGAUCCCAAUCAAGCUGUUCAUGAAUUUGCCAAAGAGCUUGAUUCUUCCAGCAUAUCCAUUGAUAAAGUUGUUGGAGCAGGUGAAUUUGGAGAAGUCUGCAGUGGCCGUCUAAAACUUCCCUCCAAAAAAGAAAUUUCGGUAGCAAUCAAAACCUUGAAGGUUGGUUACACAGAAAAACAGAGGAGAGAUUUUCUAGGAGAGGCCAGCAUCAUGGGACAGUUUGAUCAUCCCAACAUCAUUCGACUGGAAGGAGUUGUUACCAAAAGUAAACCUGUUAUGAUUGUUACUGAGUACAUGGAAAACGGCUCUUUGGAUAGCUUCCUGAGGAAACAUGAUGCUCAGUUCACUGUUAUCCAAUUAGUGGGAAUGCUUCGAGGAAUUGCAUCUGGCAUGAAGUACUUGUCAGAUAUGGGUUAUGUCCACCGUGACCUGGCUGCCCGCAACAUCCUCAUUAAUAGCAACCUGGUAUGCAAAGUCUCUGACUUUGGCCUUUCCCGUGUUUUAGAGGAUGAUCCAGAAGCUGCUUACACAACAAGGGGAGGUAAGAUUCCAAUCCGGUGGACAUCUCCAGAAGCCAUUGCAUACCGCAAAUUCACAUCUGCUAGUGAUGCAUGGAGCUAUGGGAUUGUUCUUUGGGAGGUGAUGUCCUAUGGAGAGAGACCAUAUUGGGAAAUGUCAAAUCAGGAUGUAAUUAAAGCCGUGGAGGAAGGAUAUCGCUUGCCACCUCCCAUGGACUGCCCAGCUGCCUUGUAUCAGUUGAUGCUGGACUGUUGGCAGAAAGACAGAAACAACAGACCGAAGUUUGAGCAGAUUGUCAGCAUCUUGGACAAGCUGAUCCGUAAUCCCAGCAGUCUAAAAAUAAUCACCACUGCGGCUGCAAGGCCAUCUAAUCUCCUUCUGGACCAAAGCAGCAUUGAAAUCUCCGCUUUCCGCUCAACAGGUGACUGGCUGAAUGGCAUUCGGAUAGGACAAUGCAAGGACAUAUUCACAGGAGUGGAAUACAGCUCAUGCGAUUCAAUAGCCAAGUUUUCCUCGGAUGACAUGAAGAAGAUUGGUGUGACAAUUGUGGGCCCCCAGAAAAAGCUUAUUAGCAGUAUUAAGUCUCUAGAAAUGCAUACAAAGAAUGGCCCUGUUCCUGUGUAAACUACCAAAAUGUUGACACUCAGGACAUAACAAGAGGAAGGAAGAAGAUGUUACUGCAAAGGUCAUGGCAAUGAGUGAGAAACAGCAAGACUUCAAAGGCACUCUUGUAACAAUGUGGGAAACAUGACAUUGGGUGGAUAUUGCAAGCCCCCUAAGAGACUCAUAAGAUGAGUUCAAUUGCCUUAAAAUAGGAAUUAAAAAACAUUUUUUUCUAUCACUUAUUCUUGAAGGAGGGUGCUUUUUUCCCCUUUGUAAUAAUGGACUGCUCAAACAUACAAUGCAUUUGAAAGAAAAUGUUUAAAAUGUUUUUAAAAAUCCUUCCAUGUAUCUAGAGAGCCAUUCAAAUGUCAAUGGACUGAAUUCUGCAAAAGGCAAAUGAACUGUGGAUGUAAUGCUGUGUUUUGAUCGACUGUCUAGAGCAGCAAGUAAAGGAUUACCCCUUGCAGUAUUUUUUUAACAUGUAAAAAGUAUAGGUGACUAGUAUUUUAUUUCCUAAAAUAUUUCUAGUAAUGAUAUUUGGGGUGAUACCUCAGACUCGUUUGGCCAUAUUUGCAAUGAUAGUCUUGCAAUAUUCCGUUUCAACUGUGGAAGGAAAACAUGAGUAAUGUUUGAGGUGAAAUGGAGGCAAUAGUUCACCAAUAAUGUUUGUCACGGGGCUAGCUUUGAUGUGUGUGUUCUUUUUUAAGAAAACAAGUCUUAACUUUUUUCUAUAUAAAAGGCCUAUUUAUUUCCCUUUAAAUAUGUUCCUGACUUUUAUAUUUAUAUGUGAUUUUAUUGGGAUUUAGUGAUUGCCAAUUGCCAAAUUCUCUCAAAAUUUGGCUGCAUUCUUAAUAUUUGAAUGAUUCCUUGAGACUAGUGAGAUUUUCAGAUUAAACAGUCCCCAAUACAGACAAAUUGUUUCCUUGCAGAAAGAGGUCUACAUGCCCACACUAAAAUGUAUAUAAUGAUGGAAGCUUUCAUACACAACACACUGUGUAGUGCUAAGGAACCACUUAAUAAUUUUUCUAUAAGGAGAAAAGUUUUGUUGAGCUGUUCAUAUAUUUUUCACCAGUUAGCACAAGCUUGCAUAAUUGCAUGCAUUUGGAAUAUCUGCAGUAUGCACACAGCAUUGGAAGGUGCUAGAUUUUUCUAACAAAGCAUAUGAUGUGUUAUUUGGUAAUAAAAUCAUUGACAUGAUCUGUCCUGGGUUUAAAAAAAGAAGGGAAAGAGGAAAACCGCCUUCUUGAUUCUUAUACUGCUGAUAUCCACCUAGAGUAAAUAAUUAUUGUAUGUUUCUAAAGCUGAAAUCCUAAACACAGGGGAGUAACCCACAUUUAAUACAGGAACUUUACUCCUCAGUAAACAUAUACAGGAUUGUGCUGUAAGAGUCAGUGUGCAGCACUGUGUGUGUAAGUGUGAGUGUGUGUGUAAAACAAUCUCUAAACCAGCAUGUAACCUGUUUACAAUAUCUGUGAUAUCAUUUGGCCUCUUUUGAAUGCAACAGACUUCACAAGGAUUGUGGAGUCAUACUGUUUUAGACUUGUGAUAAAAAUUUUAGAGAGCAUAAAAAACACCACAAAUUGCUAAUGUCAGAACUGGUGUAGCUUCCCUGUGCAUCUCCAUAACAUCUCUGGCAUUUUUCAUAUGAUUUCAGUGUAAAAACAGUAAUGCUCUGCUGUAACAGCAGAAAUUACACACCGUCUUGCGUUCAUGUUUAAGUUCCACAAGGAACUGGAUCAGAAUAAUUGUGUCAUCAGCACUUUCCUUCUUUUGGGAGUUUGAUCCUCAGCUCUAAAUGCAAACAUUAGCGCUAUCCGGAAGCAAUUGGAAAGACAAAUAAUUCUAUGGAUAAUCUCCAUAAUACCACAUGGAACAAAUUGUCCAGGAGUCUACACUAAAUGGUUGUAAAAGCAAGAUUUGUAUUCAUUUGCAAGUGUUCAUAAUAAAUUUUGCCUAUCCUUAAUUUUCUCUCAGAGUUGAGUAACACAUUGGAAUAUUAUUCAGAUUGUGCUUAGUAUGAAAAAUGGAUUCUGUUGUUUGUUCAGGAAAAAAAAUACAUUAUUUUGCAGAGAUUUUUUAACUAGCAUUUGGUCUUCUCUUUUUUACAAUUUUUGUAUCCAGAGGCCUCCUAUUGCUCAUACUCCCCUUCUUCCCCUGUACAUAUGUAAACAUAGCAGUGUACAAUUCUUAACUGUGGAGUAGAGAAAAUAGAAUUUUUGUGGCCAUCUGCCUGUACAGGACCUGCCUUUAGCUAUUAUUUACAUCAAACAAGCAACAUAAAGUCUUCACAAAGAAUAUCUAUCAUAUUAUUGAUUUUGUAUCUUUAAACUAUUGAGGGUUUUUUUUACAUAUAUUAUUUAUUUCUGUUAACAUAUAACAUAGUCUUUGCUGUACUUUAGAAACCAAUAAGCAAUGUAGAAGUGUGAUUUUGAACUGGCAAAACAGCAUUUACUUUUAACAUUUAUUUCAAAACGUUACUUACUGAGUUAGUUAAUCAUGUCGUGCAAUUGUAGAUGGCCUGUUACUAAUGUAAAAUGAUUUGUAGUGGGAACAUUUAUAUUUUUAUAAUAAACAUAAUGAAAGUAUUUUUUACACA